UCCCUUUCUUUCACAACUUCCGGAUUGUAAUGGCGACUUCCAUACGUUUAGCAGACACGUGUGUAUUCUGAGAAUGAAUAAAUCGGCGAUAUGCCCGAUACUAGUUGUCAUUAUAGUGUAAUAACAUAUAGGCCUAAAAUAAGAGAUAAUGGGGAAAAGCAAAGCGAAGAAGUUCAAGUCAAGUAAGCCCCAGCCCACUGGCUUACCAAGUGUGAAAGAUUGUGAAGCUGCUCUUGAUCUGGAAACUGCCAAAUCCAUUGCCUCGAAUUCUACAAUCCAGAAUCUAGUGGAGAAGCUGACCAGUACUAAUGAGGAUGAGAGAGAGUGUGGUUGUACAGGUAUAGCUGGCCUGGUAUCCCAACCACAGGCCAUCACUUGUCUUCUACAACAAAAUGUCGUCCGCAUCCUCGCCCCCCUCAUCCUUGACCCUAGUAUACAGGUCCGUCACCGUGCACUGGGGGCACUCCGAAACCUCAGUGUUGAUGGUGGCCUUGAUGU